AUGAAGAAUGCCUCAGUGGUGACCAAGUUCAUCCUGCUGGGCAUCCCAUACAUGAAGGAUCUGGAGACCAUGCUCUUUGUCCUGUUUUUGUGCUUCUACAUCUUCACUCUCAUGGGGAAUCUGCUCAUCCUACUGGCAAUUGUCUCCUCCACUCGGCUUCACACCCCCAUGUACUUCUUCCUGUGUCAACUGUCUGUGUGUGACAUAUUUUUCCCUUCUGUGAGCUCCCCCAAGAUGCUCUUCUACCUCUCAGGGAACAGCCGGGUCAUCUCCUAUGCAGGCUGCGUGUCCCAGCUCUUCUUCUACCACUUCCUGGACACCUCAGCCCUGGAGAUGGUGGGGUUCAUCAGCGUGGGCCUCAUGCCCCUCAGCUGCUUCUUUCUCAUCCUCACUUCCUACAGCUGCAUUGUCUGCUCCAUCCUGCAGAUCCGAUCUACUGAAGGCAGACACCGUGCCUUCUCCACCUGCAGUGCCCACCUUACUGCCAUCCUCCUCUCCUUUAUGCCAGUGGUCCUCAUCUACCUACAGCCCACCCCCAAACCCUGGCUCAAUGCAACUGUUCACGUCUUGAAUAACUUGGUCACCCCUAUGCUGAACCCCUUGAUCUAUAGUUUGAGAAAUAAAGAAGUAAAAUAUUCUUUGAGGAAGGUGCUACAGCAGGCAGCCUUCCUUCCUGAACAAUGA